AUGAACUCCUCCUCCAACCCGGCAUGGUCCGAAAAGCCGUCCUGGGAGCACCCCAUCACCCCCUUCGACCAAUCCGCCUCCGCAACCAGCCCCCUGUCCUACCUUCCGCACUCCCAGACCGGCAGCACAGUGACAACAAGCAUCACCGCUGACCCGCCGAACCGGGAGACAACAACAACUGAUAAGCCCGGCAAAUCCCAUUUUUUCCACCUCUUCACCUUCACCCCUCCGCGGCACGUCCCCCUGCUCAUCCUGUCGAUAGCCAGCUCCGCCCUCUGCGCGGCGGGACGGACGGGCUAUGUCCUGUUUCUCGGCAAGCUGUUUGAGCUGGUCGCGCUCUUUGGGGCCGGCCAGCUGCCGCCCGAUGUCUUUCUUGCCCAGGUUAGCCGCUGGUCGGUGUACCUGGUAGUGCUGGGCGUGGGCAUGUGGGUGGCCUCGACGCUCGAGAUCGCCCUCUGGGUCGCGGGCGGCGAGUUGAGAGCCAAAGAGGUCCGCGAGAGGGUCUGGGAGGUUCUAAUGAAGAAGAGCUUGGGCUGGUUUGAGGCAAAAGAGGAAGGGGGAGGGGCAUUUGUUACGAAGAUUUUGACACAAACGAGAGAACUGCAGACGGCGUCGUCCCAAACCCUCGGGUUCCUCGUCUACGAAUUAUUUGUGUUUGCCGCCUGCGUUGCCGUGGCAUUUUUCUUCUCGUUCAAGCUGACGCUUGUGAUGCUCGCGACGGGCGUGCCUUCGGCCUUGUUUCUCUGGGUCAUUGGUCAGUUUCUGGACCCGGCCAUCGAUGCGCAGAGACGGGAGCUGGCUGAGGCGGCGAAGUGCGCGACUGCGGCCGUCACAGCAAUUGACAUCGUCAAAGUAUAUAAUGCCGAGGGACAAGAGGCGUCCCGGUUCGUCGCGGCAGUCAAGAGAUCCGCAAAGUACUAUUCUCGCCAGGUGCUUUGCAACUGCGCGCAGAUGAGCUACGUCAAACUCUGGAUGAUGAUGCUCUUCGUCCUCGGGUUUUUCUAUGCUGUGGUGCUGGUCUCGAGCGGGGAGCUCACGCCUGGGACAGCCUUGACGACGUUCUACGCAGCAUUGGUUGCGUUUCAGUCACUCGAGGCGACCGGGCCAAUGUGGCUCGUCCUGGUCAAGGGCAUGGCUGCCGGACAGUCGCUUCAAGCUCUGGUGAGAGAUGACUGCAGUGGCUCAGGUGAAAGCAGCCUGCGGGCGGACAAAUCUACCGGAUGGCGCAAGCCGUCAACUUGCUCAGGAAAUAUUUUGAUGAACAAUAUCAGUUUUGCCUACCCUUCGAACCCCGCCAAUACGGUCCUAAGGCCAUCGACUCUGCGCUUCGCCGCUGGACAGCUCACCUUUGUAGUCGGGAGGAGCGGGUCCGGGAAGAGUACGCUCGGCAACCUCCUUGUGAGAUUUUAUGAGCCCCUUACUGGACAAAUCACCCUCGACGGCAACCCAAUCCCGACGUUGGACCUCGAAUGGCUCCGCCGCAACGUCACGCUGGUGCAGCAAUCCAGCGUCUUCUUUCACGACACCUUCUUCCAGAAUGUUGCCUUUGGCGCGUCGGAUCCAGACAAUGUCUCCCCUCAGGCUGUCCGGGACGCCUGCAGCAUGGCGCUCCUCCAGUCCACCAUAGCCGGCUUGCCCGACGGACUCCUCACCAAGGUUGGGUCAGGCGACUGCAACCUGAGCGGUGGUCAGAAGCAGCGUCUGGCACUUGCCAGGGCGAAACUCCGCGAUCCGCCGGUCCUGAUCCUGGACGAGAUCACCAGUGGGCUGGACCCGGUGAGCAGGUCCUUGAUCAUGGAGGCCAUUCGGAUCUGGAGGAAGGGGAAAACAACCAUCAUCAUUACGCACGAGGUGGGCCAGAUUGAGGAGGAUGACUACGUCUAUGUCCUCGCGGACGGGUCGAUUGUGCAGCGAGGGUUCGGACAUGAACUUUCCAAGGACGAGUCUGGGCUCUUCGCGUCGCUCGUCGCGUCUGCCGAUGAAACCUGCUCUCUUGCGGAUUCCGACAUUAGCAACAGCGAGUCAGAGUCAGACUGUGGAAUUCCAUGGCAAGAACCCACCGAGGAGAGAAGAUUUAGCGGUUUUUUGCCCAGGUUCUCAACUGGUAGUCGACUCUCAUGGGGAUUGUUCCAGGGGACCGAGUGGAGGGUGGAACCUGUGAAUGCCCGAGAGACGUUCAUCGGGCCCCGUCAAGCCCCCAAACAAGGGCAUCCUCCUUCGGGCAUGCAUAUCGUUACAAAGGCGGGCCUGGAGGUACAAAGCAGGAGAGCUCUGCAUGCGAGACAGACUCGAGAGAAGAUUCUGACUCAACAACACCAGGCUUCUUUAGAUUCCCUGGAGCUGUUCUUCCUUGAGCGCCUUGCUGAGCGCAAGGAUAAGACGAAGUCGCCCAAGGGGCCCGAGCCUCUGUCCAUGCUGGUGGUACUGAAGACGGUUUGGCCAACGUUGGAUUUUUUGGGCAAGGGCGAGUUUAUCCUCGGCCUGCUCCUCUGCCUCGUAUUGGCAUCUAGCACGCCCAUUUUUGCCUUCCUCUUCGCAAACCUGCUCAGCGCUUUCUGGCUUCCCGAAGCCCGAGGGGCUGCGAGUGUCAUGUGGUCCGUCUUCCUGACAGUCACUGCCGUCGCUGCCGCAGCCUCCACCUUCUUCAGCUACUUUUUCAUGGAAAUGGUGGCACAGAAGUGGGUUAACAGACUUCGCGCAGAGGCAAUCCAGCGCAUUCUCAGUCAGCCCAAGCCCUGGUUCGACAGUGCAAGCCACUCAGCAAGCAACAUCGCGCAGUGCCUGGACCGCAACGCUGAAGAGAUGCGCAAGCUUGUCGGCACAUUUUUGCCCAUUCUUCUUAGCGUCUCCGCCAUGAUCCUUGGCGCCAUCAUCUGGGCGCUGGUGAUCAGAUGGGACCUCACUCUGGUGACGCUCGUAGGGGUUCCCCUCGCGCUGGGAACCGCGCGAGCCAAUGCCAUGAUCAGCGAUAAGUGGGAGACCAACUGCGAUGAAGCUGCGGCAUCGACAGGCGCCAUCUUCAGCGAGGCUUAUUCCAACGUCAAAGUUGUACGCGCCUUGACGCUCGAACGGUAUUUCUCCGACAAGCACGCCCUAUCAGCCCGCUCAACAUUCCGUCUCGGUCUGAAGCGCGCAGCCUGGGUGGGCACUUUCUUCGGCCUGUACAAUUGCAUUUCGUACUUCCUCACCUCUCUUGUCUUCUUCUACAGCGCCAAGAUCCUGAGCGAGGGCCUCACUACCGUGACCGACGUGAUCAGGGUCAACAACCUGCUGCUAUUCACUCUUGGCACAGCGGUCGUGCUGCUCGCCCAUGUUCCGCAGAUCGCUGCCGCCAAGACGACUGCGAAGAGGAUGCUGUAUUACGCGAACCUCUCACAUGUGGCCGGCCAUGAGACACAAGGAGGCAUGCGCUUAUCGACACCGUUCCCCGUGCGCAUGACAAACCUGCGGUUUGCCUACCCCAGCGCACCGGACAAGCUGAUCCUGCGAAACAUCAACCUCCGAAUCGACGCCGGGACGUUUACCGCCCUCGUGGGUGCCUCUGGAUGCGGCAAAAGCACAAUCACCGCGCUCCUGCUGCGACUGUACGAACCUUCGCAAGGGGACGACGAGAGCAAUACCGCCACUACACGGCCACCCGCCCCAGUCAGAACUUCACCGUCUUAUAGCCGCCCGCUAACCUUCAUCCCCUCCCCUAUCCCAGAAUCCCCCGUAUCCCAAAAGAAGACAAUCCCAUCCCCAUCCAGCGCGCUAACAUUCGCCUCGCACCCCGCCUCCUCCUUGUCGACGCGCUCGUUGCGCGCCCAGUUGGGGUACGUUCCACAGACGCCCUUCCUCUUCCCAGCGAGCGUCUUUGCCAACCUGACGUACGGGCUGCCGGAGAAUUCGCCGCUGCGCGACGAGGCCAACGUGCACCUCGCGGCGCGCCAGGCGGGGAUCCACGACUUUAUCGUCUCCCUGCCUCGCGGCUACGACACGCCCCUCGGGGAGGGCGGCCAGCAGGUCUCGGGCGGCCAGGCGCAGCGCUUGUGCAUUGCCCGCGCGCUGGUCAGGCGGCCCAGGCUGCUCAUCCUUGACGAACCGACCAGCGCUCUUGAUGCACAGUCCGCCGAGGCAAUCAGAAGGGUUGUGCGGGAUCUGGUUGCUGCGCAACGUCGUCGUAGUGGUGGAGGUAGUCAGGGGGGAAUGAUACCCACGGAGGAGGAGGAUGUGGAUAUGGCGGUUGUGGUGGUCACGCAUAGCAAGGAGAUGAUGAGGGUUGCUGACCGGGUGGUUAUGGUUGAGGACGGGGUGAUUGUGGAGAGCGGCGGGUAUGAGGAGCUUGUGAGGAAAGGGGGCAAGUUUGCGGGGCUGGUUGGCGGCGGAAUGUGGGCUCCUGGUACAGCCGAUGGGAAGGGUAAGGGAAGGCGGAUGGUAGGGGAGGAAAAGGUGGAGGCUGAAGUCAAGCGGUCGAGAGAGGAGACGCUUUACAAGUUGGAGGGUUUCUGA